AUGUCGACUGAGACGUACGAGGACAAGCGCAAGUGUCAGAACCGCGAAGCGCAAAGACGAUACAGACAAAAGAUGCGACGCAAGAAAAGGGGUGGCGCCGCCGGCGGCGUGGACGCGACGGAUAUACCGUGGCCCGGCAUGAACAUGUUUGAUGAUGCGCAGAUGGUUAUCGGGAUGGAGCAGCAGACUUGCUUUGCGGCCAUGCAAGAGGGGGGAUAUAGCAUGACCAGUUACUCCCCAGAUGGGGGCGAUGCAUCGAACUUGGACGCCGUGACCUUGCAGCCAAGUCCAGGGACCGACUUUUCGAGCUCCAGCACCAGCACGGCCAUCAAUCUUGCUGAUGUGCCGUGGAGUUGCGCACCCAGUCUGCGGCUGGAGGGACCGUCGCCGAGUGUAGAUCAAGGCAGCACGACGUUGAUGCAAGCUUCGUCAGCGACAGGCCCGGCCGGAUCGCGGCCCGCAUCCGGAGCGGCUCCGGACCGCACGAGCUCUGCGCAGGCCAAGCUCGUCUCCAAGGCGUGCGGGAUGGUGCAGGAGCUCCGGAGGCUGUACCACCUCGGCGUCGAGCUGGACCUGCUGCGGCACGAGAGCGAGAUCCCCGCGCACCUGGACGCCGUCGAGCAGCUGAUGCACAGCUCCGGCCGGCGGUGUCCGCGGUAG